UUUUAGAGACGACACACAAUCUCGUCCAGCAGUGGUGAUUGUGGAUAUCAAUCUUUUUGCGUUUUUUCGCGUAGUUGAAUAUAUUUUUGGAAGUGGAUUUUGCACUGGAAGCAAUCGGGAACCGAUUAGUGUUGCAUUGGAUGCGUUUCCGUACGGUAUCGGGUGAAAGUUGAAGCUAGAGAAGUGAUAAAAAAAACGUAGCAGCAACCGCAGCUGGUCACUACGGCCGAAGGAUUUCGCUUUUAUUUUGGGGCGACGACUGCAAACGACGACGGCACGGACGGACGGAAUUGCUCUUGCACUUUUUCAAAUGGCUGAAAUAAAGGCCAUGGAGCACCCCACUUUGAAGGUGCCAUAUGAAAUCUUGAACAAAAAGUUCCGCAUCGCUCAAAAGACGUUGGAUCGUGAGCUCAGUCAGAUACAGAAUGCCGCCUCGGAGCUCGAGAAGGGACUCUCGGAGGGCACCGCUGGCUCGGAAAUCUCCCGCCUCCUGGGCGGUGUGGUGGAACGUCUACAAGUGCUGAAGCGCAAAGCCGAGGAAAGCAUCUCGGAGGAACUGUCGGCCGGACUGGUCUGCAAGCGUAGACUGGAGCACCUGAAGCAGAAUGUGACUCCGCCGACCGAUGUCACAACCCAGGAACUGCAGGCUGCAGCUACCAACCAGUGGAAGAAGAUUCGCCUCGACCGGAUGAUAGUCGAGCACUUUCUCCGGCUGGGAUACUACGACACGGCCGAACGGUUGGCCAUUCGCAGUGGAAUUCGUGAUCUCUCCAAUUUGGACAUUUUUCAAAUCACCCGCGAGGUCGAGCGAGACCUGGCCAACCGCAGCACGGCCAAAUGCAUCCUGUGGUGCAACGAUAACAAGUCGAAGCUAAAAAAGAUCAACUCAAACAUCGAAUUUCAACUAAGGGUGCAGGAGUUCGUUGAGUUGAUUCGGGAAGACAAACGUCUGAUGGCGGUCAAACAUGCCCAGAAAUAUUUCCCUGCUUUCGAACACGAACAGUUGAAAGAAAUCCGCCAAUGUAUGGCCCUGUUGGCGUUCCCCGUCAGCACCGAAAUUGAACCUUACAAAACCCUCUUCGAUCCACAACGUUGGAACGAUCUGGUACUGCACUUUCGUUUGGAAAACUACAGACUGUUCCAGCUGCCAUCGCAGUCGGUGCUGAGUGUGGCCGUUCAGGCAGGAAUUUCGGCUCUCAAGACACCGCAGUGUUAUUCGACGACAUCUAAGAACAUGAACUGCCCCGUUUGUCAGAAGAAUGUCAACGAGAUUGCAGACAAUCUACCAUUCUCACACUGCGCUCAAAGUCGACUAAUUUGCAGAAUUACCGGAAAACCGUUGAACGAACACAACCUCCCGAUGAUGCUUCCGAACGGGCAGAUCUUCGGUCAGCAGGCGAUAGAUCAGAUGCGCCAGGAGAACGACACCAUCAUAUGUCCGAAGACGAACGAUAAAUUCCGCUCGCCAAAGAUCGAGAAAGUUUUCGUCAUGUAGUAGAGCUGUCCAACCCCUAACCUCCAUCAACUUCACAUCACUUUCUUCUGCUACAUAAACACACCAGCACGACAUCUGGCGGCUGCGGUAUUAUUUUUGGUAAUUAAACUGAUCACAAACAGAAAUCAAACUUUAAUCGGUAAGUUUUCCCUCUUUAUUGAAGUCUUUCGCUUUCGUUUUGUUUAUUUAGUCGGUUUAGAUUAUUAUUUUUUUACUUUGCAUUCAGAGAAGAAUAAAUUUUAGAUUAUCUUUAUUUGUUGAACAGUUUUACACAUCAUGAAUUAAGUAUAUUAAACGUUAAGGAAAGAAAAGUUUUGCAAAUUGAAUUUAUUUUCUAAUAUUAUGAAAUGCUCUAGCAAUAGUGUAUAAUGUAAACAAAAUAAGAAAUAUUUUGAUAGUAGCGAGUAAAAAUGACAGCUGAGUGCAAAUAACUGUUUCAUACCAAAACUAUGCCAUCUGUUUCACACAGCAUCUCAUAUUGAUGGACUUUGUUGAUUUUGAUUGAUUUUCCAAUAAGCAUAUAGAACGAACCUACCUACAUAAAUAAUAGAUCUGCUCCGACUCAUCUGGGAGACCAUGGUCCGGCUUAAAUUACAUUUAAUUUCAUGUUCAGAUCAUAAGAAGCUCCCGAUUUCCGUUGUGGCUGAAAUAUUCUUAAUGUCAAAUAGGUACUACCACUAAAUUGAUAACGGAAAACUGUGAAUAUUAGGUUCUUUUAUUAUUGGUUUUCAUAUCGAAUGUCGAUUGAGCAGAGCAAUGGAGUGAGUAAUAUAGAUUUUUAUCUUUAUAUCAUAAGGAAA